AUGACCGGCCUGGACCGGCCGGGACCCUUCAACUCGUACGGCGUCACCUUUGUCGUUGCAUCCGUGCUCACAAUGCCGGGGUUGAACACCCAAGGCCAGUUUCUUAUACGCGCAGAGCUUGCGCCAAACGGGUACUUCCCGCCACACACGCACCCUAGGGCGUCAGAGCUCACCUACGUGAUAGAAGGCUCGAUCGAGGUGGGAUUCGUGACCUCGUUCCCGGAAUACAAAUACUACAGCAAAGUUCUCAACAAAGGCGAUGCGUUUCUUUUCCCGGUCGGCCUCGUCCACACCGUGCGGAAUGUGGCUAGAGGGAAGAGCGUCACGACUUCGUCUCUCAAUAGCCAGAAUCCCGGGUUUGUUUUUCACCCCGACUCUCUUUUCGCGGCCAGGCCGCCCCGUCCACAGUGGGGGAGCCGUGGCUCUCGGCCCGAGCUUGGGCAGCCCGCGGCCCCCUACUACUGA